AUGAGUUUGCCAUUACAAAAGGUUUAUGUAGAAUUAAAAUUUGAUCCAAUUCAUCCAUCUAUCAAAGCAACGAAAAUGCUUGAAAUUUCUGAAGAAUUUAAACGUAAACUUUUUUCAUAUGGUUUUUUUAAUGAAAAUGAAACGAAAAAAAUUAACAGAGCUAUUAUUGAAAGAAGUACAGAAAAUCCGGAUACUUUUUAUAGAAAUUUUAUGACCGAACAAUGGUUGAAUGUAUUAUUAGAUAAUAGAAGUAUAUUUACGGAAAGUGAAGCACAUUUAAUUAAAAAUAAGGUAAAUGGAUUAAGAAAAAAUAUUUUGGAAAAAUCGAAUGUUAAAGAAACGAAACAAUAUCAAAUUCAACAAGCACACAAUGACUUUAAACAUUUCAUAAUUUUGGGUCAUCCUGGUUCAGGUAAAACAACUCUAUCGAAAUGGUUGAUAAUGAAUAUGGCUAGACAAUGUUUAGAUGAGCAAAAUAACUUAUUUAACAGUAUCUAUUCUUUUAAACCAAGACUACCAAUUCUUAUUCCAAUUUGGAAAUAUGUUGAACAAUUGAAAGAAAAUCAGAACAAUGGCAAUAAAAAGACUUUACUUCAAUUUAUUUAUGAAAAUCCUACAUUUGAUUCAAAAUUUUUCAAAGAUGAAGAGGAAAGAAAAAUUUUAUCAACAAUAAUCAUCGAAUCAUUAAUAAAAGGAGAUGUUUUAGUUAUUUUGGAAGGAUUAGAUGAGAUUCCUGUUCAUAUGGAUCGAUCUGAAUUAAUGAAAGAGAUAAAUGCGUUACUAGAACGAUCAAGAGAUUAUGAUGCAACGACGAACAAGCUCUCUCACACAAUUUAUGAACAAAAGGAAAUAUGUGGUACUGAAGAUUCAGAUUUUGGUAAUCGAUUUAUUAUAACAAGUCGUACUGAAGGAAAUUAUUUUGAAGAUAUAAAUUUUUAUAUUCCAAGAUUAACUAUAGAAGAUAUGUCUAAUGAUGCUCUAAAAUCGUUUUGUAGUUCCUAUAUGGAAUGUAUAAAAGAAAUUUCUAUUAAAAGUGGAAAAAUUAUUAAAGAAUACAAGAGUGAUCAAUUAUAUAAUGAUAUUACGAAAAAUAAAGAUAUUUUCCAAUUGGCAAUUAAUCCACAGUUGGUCAGUGUAAUUGCUGCGAUUUAUAAUCAAUAUGGAGAUGAAUUACCGGAAAAACGAAUUGAUUUGUAUGAAAAAGCGAUAGAAAAAAUGUUAGAUAGAUUAGUAACGUAUUUUUCUAAUACUUCAAAUGAAGGACUUGAACUGAAUACGACUAUGGUAUGGUCAAUAAUGCAAGAACUCGCUGAAUAUCUACAUACUAAAGCUGAAGGAUUAACAGAAAAUAUUUUAAGAGAAAUAAUUAGAAAAUGUCUUGUAGAUAUUCAGAAUCAGUCACUUAUGAGUUCUGAAAUAAGAGUUGAAACUUUGAUUACAAUACUUGUAGACAUUUUUAAAGUACAAACAGGUCUACAGAAACAUCAAAAAUUAAUUCAUUCAUAUUUCUUAAAACUGAGAAAAGAAUACGAUAAUUUAGUUACUGAUUGGUUUAUCGAAAAGAUAAAUGAUGAUAAGAAUAUUGCUCCAUGUGCUUACAUUAUUUAUCAAUUAAAAUGUAAUUUGGAACUGGCCAAUCGAUGGCCAGUUCCAAAUUACUGGAUCGUUCCGGUCUUACGAUUUUAUUCAAGUGAGAUUAAAGGUGAAAGAGUUUUAACACAAUUACAAUUCAAAAAUAUAAUAAAUAAAAAUCCAAAUAUUCUUCAACAUAUAAUAAAGAAGAAGUGUGAUUGGUUAUGUUUAAUUGUAGCCCUUUAUGGUGGAUAUAAAAAUUAUAAUAGUCAAACAAAUAUUUCAGAAUAUUUAGAAAUUGCUCAAUUUCUUAACUUAAGUGACCAUGAAAGAGAACCAUUUCUCUUUUAUUAUCAAGAAAUUUGGGGCACAGAUGCACCAGCUUAUAAUAUGGCUGUGCAUCUUGAUACAUUAGAAUCGACAAAGCAUUGGAAUAAAAAACCCAUAUUCGAUAUAAACGAAAUUUAUAAAGAAUCAUCCCUGACAACUCAAAUUCUUGAAUUACUUGUUGAAGAAAAAUCUGUAACAGACUUGAUAGAGCAAUUGAGAAUGGAAAUAAAGAGUCGUCAACUAUCCACAGAAGAAAAAACGGAAGUAUUGAUUGCAUUAAUCACAUUAGGCGAUUUCGAUUUUAUUAAUGAUAUUAUAAAAGAAGUAGAUGAAACAUUUCUAAAAAAUUUUAAAAAUAGAAUAGAACAAUUAAUUUCUACGUUAAAAGAUCCAAUUGCAAGACGGUCUUCAAAAAUAGCAAACUAUUUACUUAAACUUUAUAAUGUUAUGAAAAUGAAUCAAAUGAAUUAUAAUCUUAAUUUUUCUGAUUAUUGUAAAAUAUAUUUAUCUUUAAUAGCCAGUAGUGGAGGAUUACCAAUUGACACUUCUAUUCUAGCUGAAACUAUGGAUCAUGUUGAUGAUAAAUUUAAACUUUAUGCAGAAUAUUUUGUCUGUAAAUUUACUGGUGCUUCUAUGAUGGAUCUUAACCAUAGUGUUGCUGUAGUAUUAGAUAAACGUAUUAAAUCAUGUAAUAUAAAUCAAAUUAUAAAAUCAUUUUUAAAAAUUAGUGACACUACUCAAAUUUAUAGACCAGUGAGAGCAUAUCCAUGGCCUACGGAUAUAUUUAAUUUAAAAUCAAUUAGUGAUGAUGAUAUACCAAUAUCAUUUUUUAAUUGUCUAGAGAAUAUUCAUAAAAAUAUAGCGUUCAUAAUAGAUGCCAUUUCUAAUGUUUUCGAUAAGGAAGGAUAUUUUAAUAAAAAUUCAGAAUUAAUUCCUUUAGUUAUAUUAUUAAACUUUGGAAAUAUGUCAAAAUAUUCAAAAUGGAUGGAAGAAAAUGGUGUUCGUCUGUUGCCAGAAUUAAACUUUAAAAAAGAUAUAAAAGAAGUUUUAUCUUCAAAAAUAAAAUUAAUGUGCAACACCUACUAUAAAUCUCGAGCAUUAUGUCAAUUAGCCGAGUUCUAUGAUGAACAAUGUCAUAAUCUUUUAAAUGAAUCUUUUCAAUUAGCUAAAAGUAUCCAAGAGCCAAUUUUAAAGUUUCAAGUUUUGGAGAAAAUCUUCAAUAUCGUUCAGUAUAAGCACUGCAAAUGGUUAGUGCAAGAAAUAAUCAUGGAGUUAGUCUUAUGUUUUGACAAUAUUGAAAGUUUAUAUGACAAAGUUAUUGCAUCAAUAAGAUUAUCAUUUUAUGGAUCAAGAGAUUUCCGACAGAAAUAUUUAAGAUACGCUAUAGAUACUCUUAUUAAGAUGAAUGAUGAUGAUGAAAAAAUUGAAUUGAUUAUUAAAUUAAAACCGUUCAUUAGUAUUUAUGAUGACUUUCAAAGUAGCCUGAAUGAAAUUAUAGAAAACUUGAAAAAUAAGACACAAAAUUAUUAUAUUAAUUCUUACUAUGGAAAAAUAUUAUUUACUGGAAAAUUACUUGUUAAUACUUCGAAUUCAAGUGGAUGGUAUCCUAGUGAUAAAUCAGAAAAUAGUAUUGAUAACAAACAGAAUGAAGAGUCGUCAGAUUAUGUUGAAAUUCAAACUCUAUUUACGCUCUUUGCACAAUUAAACGAUAUAAAAUUAAUUAUUGCGAAUAAAGAUAACAUAAAUCAGUUAUGGAUUAAUCUUUUUAAACAUGCUGAUAAUGAAUUAAAUAUUGAAAGAAUAGUGGAAAUUGCACUAGAUAACGAAUUAUUUUUAACACCUCAAGUAGCAAUUAUAAUUGAUGGAUUGAUACAAAAUGGAAAGGAAAAUAAAGGAGUAGUAUCGAUAAGUCGGUUUUUCGUUUCAAAAAAUUUCCGAUU